GAAGUAUUGGCUCAAUUACUCGUAGCGAGAAGAAGAAGUAAUUUCCUGUAGAUGAACAAGGUACAAAGCGUUUUUUGACCGGACGAAGACGAAUUGGGUCAGCCCUUUGUGUCGCCGCUCGUCAACACGACGACGUCCUUUUAGUAUUUUGGGCAGAAGUUUAUACAUCAGCCUGCUAAGAUAGAUGAAUCGAUGAACAACAAUAAAGAUUCAGAAUAAGAUGAAUUGUUACAGGAUGAAGUAGUUGAAGAUUAUUUGCCUGGAAACAGCGAUAACGCCGAGCAGGAGCAGAACGCCUAGAACAAGUACAUCAGAUAUUACCAGUACUACAGACCCUGACGCACUUCUGGUGUCCGAACAAGCUGCCGCAGUAUGGUAACAAGGAUAGGGAUACUAGCAGCGAAUGGAGAAAGUUUAAGGUAUACAACUACACGACGAGGACCAGGAGGAGCACCAUAACUUGAAAAACUUCGCAGAUAAUUAUACCGACUUCUACUUCGUCAGACGGUUUCAUAUAACUUCCUCUACGCGACUGACACUGACCCGUGGCGGUUCGAAAGAAAGAAGUACAACUUGAUUAUUUUUAUUGUUCACGCCGCCGAGCUCUGGCACUGGACCUUGCCGAGUCAUCUCACACGCCUUCUAGCGAAUUGUUCGGAAAAGCUGCCAUCAUGUUGUUGUGCGACCGGCGUUUGUUGUCGUACAACCGCGAGUAUCCUGUGCAAAAGUAUCGUACUCGUAGCAAUCGCGUUUAUGCAUUGCAAAUCUCUUUCUCAAGGUAAAUCAGCACUACAAAUUCAGUUUGUAAUGCUGGGCUAAUUUGUAAUGCAAUUUAUACUAGUGCGAUGCUUUUGCAGAGGAUAGCUCGGAAGAGCAGUUGCAGCUGGACCAGCGGCCCACGAUCCUGGAGCGGAUGUGCGAGUAUCAGCGGGACAUUCAGGACCUGGAGCGCAAGAUGAACAAGUGCAACCAGAUUUUGCGCAAGCCCCUGCUGCCCAUCCGCGACCGGAAACUUUGGAUCGACAACGCGAUCCGCGACAAGGUACUCAACCGCAAAAGCGCCAAGCCACGCGAAGACAUCGUGAAGGAAUUGCAGGCUCCACCGACGGGUGCGGCAGCGGCCGAGUUGGAAAUACCGUUGCCCACCAGGACUUCGCAAGUACUUGAGUGAUUCUGAUUCAUUACCAGCACGGCAGGUGGUUUUUGUAUAGCCAUCAUCAUGAUCAUGCAACGAAGAAGAGCGUGCAAAUUCACGUGCUUGCGAACGAGACAUUCUUGGUGGAGUCAACAACGUCCUCUCCAGGAAUUAUGGAUUAGAUCCACAGCCACAAUAGUUAAUACUAACCGUACGUAGUUUUUUUGUUUGCUUUUGUAGUCCAAAAUAAAAUAGCAUUUGCAUUACAUUUAGAAUUACAAACCCGCAGCAGCGCAAGUCCGCGACCAUUCAGUCCCGCGGUCCGGCUACAGCUGCGCGGGAGGUCCGGCUGGAUGAGGAGGAGGAUGUCUAUCCAGGAAAAAACAACCAUCCCCAUCCAUUUUAUGCACGACAAACACAGGAACUCAUGCAUGUUUUGCAUGAUAAAUUGGAUGGGGAUGGUUGUUUUUUUGUGGAUAAUGUCACGGAGGAGCUGGACAGCAGCGUGGCGACGACGUAUGGGAGUGUCAGGAUUGAAAUCGUCAAAGUUGAAAUAGUUUGUGAUGCAUAAAAUGCUAGACGGAAAGGGCCUGUCUUGCAGAGCAGGCAACAGGCCGAUUAUAAGUCUGUUUGGGGUGUGAGAUAGAGCUGCUAAAAUAGCAUGACAAAACCAGUCUUCUCUGCUCAAACAGCAUGACAAAAUGUAUUUCCAUGUUCCCAAAAUUUGUCAUGCGCCACGUGCAAACUGGGCUCCAGCUUGUAUCGCUUUUCUGCAUUACAAAUCAUUUCAACUUUGUCGAUUUCAACUCUGACACAUCCAUACGACGCCCGCCGUGAGUAGUCGUCGCGCUUCGAAGGUGAAACCCGCCUCAGCGGGGCAGAUUUCGGUCCGCCUCUUCCGCUUGAAGAAGCUGAAUUACCCGGAGGUCGGCGAGUGCGACUACAGCCUCCGCGUGGGGUAUCCGGAUUUUCCUGACACCUGGCUCGAAACCACGCCGAAGCCAAGCGAGACGGGUACAACUAGUUGUACAUGAAGUAUGGAGCAGAAGUUUCGAAUUCGACGUUUUCUCUGUUUUGGAAAUUUGAGCAGCUGCAGAGAGAGUUACAUAAUUCAAGAUUAAUUAACUCAUGCUUGUCCUCUUAUGUCAUCGAUUUUUGCCAUCAUGGCUGUACAAACUGAGACGUCGAACUCGAAGAACAAACGCUUAGUGUCUGUCGUACAGGUCAUCUUUGUCGUACAUUGACAACAUUCUGAAAAAUAUGAUUCAAAUACCGGAACAAUAUCAAUUCACAGGGACCGACUGCGUGAUCCAGCAGCAGCUGGUCCUCGAGCAGUACUCUACGGAGGACCUGUAUGCAAGAAAAAGAGGCUGUUGUAGGUGUAGCUUGCAUUUGCAAAUUGGUCGGGCAUGUUCAUGUUGACAGCAAAAAUUUGUCAUGCGCAGAAGAUAGAUAGUAAGUAAGUAAAACUUACGACGUGCAAACACGUAUCUUCAAGCUAGAACUAGAAGCCUAUCACGUAUAUAAUCCAGCAUCACAAAAAGUGUUGAAGAUAACUGUCUUGCAUACGUCUGCAAGAACACAGAGCUACGCCGGUACCAAUCUUUUUGUCGUGCAUAGCCUGGUUUUAUGCAUUGCAAAAGUAUCGCACUCUUAUAAAUGCAUUACAAAUUUCCUCAGCGUGAGAAAUUUGUAAUGCGGAUUUACCUUGAGAAAAAAAUUUGUAAUGCAUGACUGCAAUACGAGCGCGAUACUUUUGCACAGUAUAGGUUUGCGAGAUUCUCGCGAACGGAACGGUGAUCGGGCGCACCCGGGCCCGGCCGAUAUCCAGGAAAAAACAACCAUCCCCAUCCAUUUUAUGCAUCACAAACACAAGACUUCAUACAUGGUUUGCAUGACAAAUUGGAUGGGGAUGGGUUUUUUUCUGUGGAUAGCCGAACGAAGCCGACUUCAAAGACUAUCCGAUCAUGGCCGCGGAUGAAACCGUGGGCACGAUCGGCGUGCUAAUUUACGCUGUGAAGAAGGCCGACACCUCGCGGGCCUCCCAAGCCGUCGGGUCCCGGACGAGCCUCCGCACGUAUCAGACUGUCAGGAUUGAAAUCGACAAAGGUGAAAUAACUUGCAAUGCAUAGAUGCGAUACCACUUGGGAGCCCAAUUGUUCAGCGGUGCAUGAUAAAUUUCGACGUCAUUAAAAUCCAGUUUGUCAUGCUGUUUAGCGAAAGCAGGCAUCCUUUGUCAUGCUAGUUUAGAAGCAGCCCUAUCCCAAACCCGAAGCUACAGGUUCACAAUCGGCCUCACUUGCUGCAAUCCCUGCAAGACAGUCACUUCGUGCCGUGCAUUUUAUGCAUCACAGAUUGUUUCAACUUUGUCGAUUUCAAUACCAACACACCCAUAGCACGCCGGUCGCGGGUGGCAGUUCCUCGUCGAAGGGACUGGUGCUGCGCGUGGACAAAGUCGCGGAGAUACCAACGGCGGCGUUGAGCAAAAAGCAGGGCGCACUCAGCAUAUGGACGAGCUCUCAAAUGUUACAUUUCCAACUCUUACACGAAUUUGUAUUGCAAGAAUCGCAAAAGUGAAAGUCAAAGAACGGAGGUCGUUGCACCUGUAGCAUUGCAAAUUCCGCAUGGAUAAUUUCGGUGCUGUUUAGCCUUUCCAAAAUUUGUCAUGCGAAGUAGCUUGAUCGUGGCGAAGAUGUUGAUAGUGAUUCUGCAUGACAAGAAAUCGCGUAGCAUUUGAGAAUGUAACGCUUGAGAACGCCAUACAGCAUCCGGGCGGGAUACGGGACCGAUCCGCAGACCUUCAAGUUGAGGACGCAGGAACAGGUUUUUUUUUAUACAUAUGACAAGUCUACUGCUUCUUUUAUUUUAAUUAUGUAUCGCUCUCAGGAUGUCUAGAAAAAAAAAAUAUUAUAGAACUUCUAAAAACGCUAUAGAGAUUCUCACGCAUAGACAUUCUGACUCUCAUAGAUGUUCUCGCUGCUCUUUGUUGAAAACAAUAAUUGGCACACGGUGCGCGCUUCGGAUUUUUGUUUUGGAGGGGCGCGGGCGUCCUCUCGUAUUCUGCCUGCGCUUGGCGCCGGGAAAAUGGCAUUGCGCCUACCGCGCGCGCUUCCCUAGGCGCCGUCGCUGACAGUGGUGAUGGUAUGCGCGUGCCCAUUCUGUAUUGCUCUGUGGCCGGGAGAAAAAUUUGGAGCGCCGCGCGCACGCAGACACCCUGGCCCGAGCAGGGGGCGGAUGCUUCCUUAUUUCCUUUUGCUAUCAGGGGCCGGCCGAAAAAAAAUUUUCGCGCGCGCCGCGCCCACUCAGGCGCGCGCCAUGACCGGGCAGGCGUAGAGGCCCUUCCCUAUGCGUGCCCGGUAGCCGCGCGCUUGCCGAGAAUUUUUUUUCGUGCACAGCGCAUGCGCAAGCGCUUUGGCCUGAGGGCGUGGAAGGUAUUCUUUCGUGUCCGGAAACCCGGGGCGGGCCGGAAAAAUAUUCUGCGAGCGCGCGCUGCGUGUGCGCAGACGCCUUGGCGGGGGGGCGCGGAGCGAAUGUUUUUUGCGCGUCCAGCAGCGAGGGCGGCGCGCCGGAAAAAAAAAAGUUGCGCGCGCGCGCAUGCGCAUGCGCCCCGACCUGAAGGCGCGGAAGCCUUUGGUCGUUCCCAGCUAUCGAGGGCCGCCCGAUCGAAAAAAGUCUUUCGCCCGUUGCGCGCCCGCAGACGCCUUUGCCUGUCUGAGGGCGGUUGCCCUCCAGGCGGGGCCUCGGCGGCAAAUAUUUGUCGUGCGCUCGCUGCGCGCGCGCAGGCGCCUCGGCCUCGGGGCGCGGAAGGUUUUCGGUGCGUUCGGCAGUCGGGGGCCGUCCGGGAAAAAGUUUGCGCGUGUUGCGCGCACGCAGACCGCCCUGGCCUUGGGUGAGCGUGGGAGGUGCCUCUCCAUGGCCGGCUAAAAGGCGUUGACCGGAAAAAACCUCGCGUGGGUGCGCCGCGCGCAUCCUCACCAUGUACGGCGUCAGGGUGUGGGCUGUUUUAUUUUUUUCGCGCCCCGCGAUCGGGGGCCGGCCGGUAAAAAAUUUUCCGCGCGCACAGCGCGCGCACGCCUUGGCCCGAGGGUGUAGAAGAUCUUUUGCUCGCCCGGUGGUCGGGGGCUUGUCGAGAAAAAUUUUUCGCGAGCCGCGCGCGCACAGUAGUUUUCUUUUGGCCCACAGGCGAGGAAAGUCUUUUCCGCAACCGGGCGCCAGUUGAAAACAAAUUUUCGCGCGCGCGCGCCUGCGCGCGCGUCUUCCUUGGCCUGAGGGCGUGCGUAGACGCUCUUUUUCACGCCCGGCGGGGGUCGGGGGCCUGUCGAGAAAAAAUUAUCGCGCGUUGCGCGCGCGCGGGCACAUUAGUUUUCUUUUGGCCCGUAGGCGAUGAAAUUUUUUCUCGCAACCGGGGGCCAGCUGAAAAAAAAUUUUCGCGCGCGCGCGCGGAGCGCGCGCGUCUUCCUUGGCCUGAGGGCGUGCCUGGGCGCUCUUCUUCACGCCCGGCGGCCGGGGGCCUGUCGAGAAAAUAUUUUCGCGCGUUGCGCGCGCGCGGGCACAUUAGUUUUCUUUUGGCCCGUAGACGAGGAAUUUUUUUUCCGCAACCGGGGGCAAGCUGAAAAAAGACUUUAGCGCGCGCGCGCGCCUUCCUUGGCCCGCGGGCGUGCGUGGAAGGUUUUCUUCUCACCCGGAGGUCGGGGGCUUGUCGAGAAAAAAUUUUCGCGCGCUGCGCGCGCGCGGACGCAUUAGUUUUCUUUUGGCCCGUAGGCGAAGAAAUUUUUUUCCGCAACCGGGGGCCAGCUGAAAAAAAACUUUAGCGCGCGCGCGCUGCGCGCGCGCGCCUUCCUUGGCCCGAGGGCGUGCCUGCGUGGAAGGUUUUCUUCUCACCCGGAGGUCGGGGGCUUGUCGAGAAAAAAUUCCCGCGCGCUGCGCGCGCGCGGACGCGUUAGUUUUCUUUUGGCCCGUAGGCGAGGAAAUUUUUUUCCGCAAGAAAUUUUGUUUCCGCAACCGGGGACCAGCUGAGAAAAAAUUUUCGCGCGCGCGCACAGCGCUCGCGCGCCUUCCUUGGCCUGAGGGCGUGCUUGGAAGGUUUUCCUCUCACCCGGAGGUCGGGGGCUUGUCGAGAAAAUAUUUUCGCGCGCUGCGCGCGCGCGGGCGCAUUAGUUUUCUUCCGGCCCGUAGGCGAGGAAAUUUUUUUCCGUAAGAAAUUUUUUUCCGCAACCGGGGGCCGGCUGAAAAAAAACUUUAGCGCGCUGCGUGCGCGCGCGCGCCUUUCUUUGCGUGGGUGAGUCAGUGGCUUGAGACUUUUUUUCACGCCCGGCGGCCGGGGGCUUGCUGGAAAAAAAAUAUCGCGCGCUGUGCGCGCACACAUGUUGGCCAGGGGGCGCGGCGAGGUGUUGCUUGCACCCGGCAACCGGGGCUGCCGGAAGAAAUAGAGCAAAUUUUCGCCACCGCCCCCUGCCCGCCCGCAGGCGCCGGCCUUGGUCUGCGGGCGGGCGCGGAGGUUUUUUUCGCGCCGCCCCCUCGGGGUCUUGCCGGGAAAAUAUUCGCGGCGCGCAGGCGCCUUGUUCUGGCGCGCUUUUGCUUGCGUCCGGCGUCCGGGCAGUCCCGGAAACGACUUUCGCGCGCCGCGCGCGCGCAGCCGCCUUAGCUUGAGAUGGGCGCAGAAAGUUUUUCUUCAAUAUGAGGAAAGCUGUUCGCCUGCUAGCAAGGUGAUGACGAUGGUGAUGAAUCGCGCGCGGCUACCGGGUGUUGGCCGGAAAAAAACUUACCGCGCGCUGCGUGCGCAUAGUGGCCGUGGCGUUAGAGGGUGGGCGGGGCCGCUUCUUUCGUGUCCACGAUUGGGGGUUUGCCGGAAAAAAAAUUCCGCGCGCUCCGCGCGCGCAAGCCUUUGUGUGGAGCCUUUCUCUCCGCCCGGCAUUCGUUGAGCUCGGCGCGCUGGAUGGAGGAUUUCUUCCGGAUUUCUAUCGGAUUUUUCUGUUUAAAAAAAAUUUUUUUUUGUUUAGCUUUGUUGCCUUUGUCGAUUUCGCUAGCGCUUUUGUCGCCGUCUCCGCUCGUCGUUAGGGCCAUGCGCUUGCUUUUCGUCUUUGUUCGCUUGUGGGGCUCAGGCACCUCCGCCGGCGCGCAUCUUCGCGAGGUUUGGGCGCCUUUCGGGCUCGCGGGUGGCGGCUGCGGGUGUGCUUUCGCCUCUGGCUUGGCGGCCUCGUCGCGUAGAUUUCUACGUCUUGGACAUGAAGAUGUCUACGUCUUUGUCUUCUCCCGGAUAUGGUCCGGAUUUCUCUGAAUUUAAUAAUUCGGCGCGAUCCGGAUUUCCUAAGCCAGUAAGUCUGGAUUUCUAUACGCCGCGUUGAAAAUAUAUGAAUUCGUGGUAGGUCUGGAUUUCUAAUAUCUGCACUUUCCCGCCCCGCCUCUUUUCCGCCGCCUCCGCGGAUUCGCGAGAAAUCCUGGCGGGCAAGGCGAGGCGUCGGGGGGGUCCGGCGAAGGAGGUCCGAGAGAAAUCCGGGAGAAAAUCUGCGGGCGUCCGGGCGACGGCGACCGAGGAGAACCACAAAGGGGGGAGGCCCAUCACCCAGGCGGAGGCCACCGGCUGCCCGCGCCCGCAUUCGGGCGGACCUUUGUGGUCGGUCUGGCCUUGCGUUUUUCUUCUUGUGCGUGAUCGGCGGGCAAGGAGCCGGCCGGAAAGCGGAGCGCGCGCCCCCGCCUUCCGAGAGAAAUCCUAAGAAAUCCGGAAAGCGGCGCCCAUCCAGGCGCGCCCAGCUCAACAUUCGGGGGCGGGCUGGCGAAAAUUUUUCGCGCGCGCGCGCGCACAUGUUGGCCCGGGGGCGCGGUUGGGGACUUUUUGCGGACCCGCCCCCCUUCCGGGGCCGGCCCGGCUGAAAGAAAGAAUAAAGUAAAUUGUUCGCGCGCUGCGCGCACGCAACCUCCUUGGCCUCCGGGCCCGGGGCGUUUUUUUCGCGCCUAGCAGCCUGUGGCCGGCCUGGAAAAACUUUUUGCGCGUAACUUCCUUGGCCUGCGGGCCCGGCCGGAGUGUUUUUUCCGCGUCCAGCCUUUCCUUGGAGGCCCGCAGGGGAAAAAAAAUUUUGCGCGCUGCGCGCACGCAGGCACAUUGCCCCGGGGGCGCGGGGCGUUUUUUUCGCGUCCGGCCGUUGCUGGCUUGCCGGUCGGAAAAAAAGAUCGCGCACUGCGCGCACGCAGGCAGACUGGCCCGGGGGCGCGCACGCAGGCAGACUGACCCUUAUGCCUUACCUGCAAAGAGCAAGGGCCUCGCCGUCCUUUUUUCGCAUCUUUUCACUGUAGGUGAGCGCCCAGCUCCUCGGGGGGCCUAAGCGUCCGGCUUCUCGUAGCCGGAGAAGCUGGGCUUCCAGCUUCUCGUAGCCGGAGAAGCUGGCCUUCCAGCUUCUCGUAGAGCCGCCCGGGGAAGCUGGACUGUCAGCUUCUCGUAGAGCCGGGGAAGAUGGACUUUCAGCUUCUCGUAGAGCCGGGGAAGCUGGACUUUCAGCUUCUCGUAGAGCCGGGGAAGCUGGACUUUCAGCUUGUCGUAGAGCCGGGGAAGCUGGGCUUUCAGCUUCUUGUAGAGCCGGGGAAGCUGGACUUCCAGCGUCUCGUAGAGCCGGGGAAGCUGGGCUUUCAGCUUCUUGUAGAGCCGGGGAAGCUGGACUUCCAGCGUCUCGUAGAGCCGGGGAAGCUGGACGCCCAGCUUCUCGUAGAGCCGGGGCAGCUGGACUUCCAGCUUCUCGUAGAGCCGGGGAAGCUGGACUUCCAGCUUCUCGUAGAGCCGGGGAGGCUGAGCUGCCGGCUUCUCGCAACCAGGGAAGCUGGACUGUUAGCUGCUCGGAGCAGGAGUGCUGGCGUUCUGGCUGCCAGAAUCUAGAAGCUAGAUUUCUAGAUUUCUAGAACCUAGAAAUCUAGAUUUCCAGACUUCUAGAUUUCUAGAUUUCUAGACAUCUAGUUUCUAGAUUCUUGGCCGCCAAAGUCUAGAAACAAAUCUAGAGGCUACGGAACCCAGAACCGCUAUCCCAAUAGACGUUCUGGGGUCAGAAGCUCUAUUGCAAUAGACGUUCUGACUCCAGAACCUCUAUUGUGAUAGAGGUUCUGGGUCCAGAAGGUACGAGAUAGAGCUUCCCAAGCUAGAAAAUGUCAAGAAACAGUGAAAAGAUUAGAAAAAAAACAAAAAAAUCAAAGAGCAACGAAAUCAGUAAGAAAAAUAAAGAAAAGAAGAAAAAAGAAAGACUGUAGAAAAUCUAGAAAAAGCUUAGAAAUCUAGAAAACCUAGAACAUCUAUGGAGAAGUUAGAAAAUGGUCGAGAACCUCUAUCAAUAGAGGUUCUUUUAGAAGUUCUUGAAUAUUUUAACUUAAGUGACCCCAUAUGUAGAAGAUGUGUUGACUGUAAGUGUGUUGACUCGAGCUUUAUGCACACAGCAUGCUAUGCGUGUUCAAGCUCCUCCGCGUUGUUCCAUCGAUCCAGAUCUUCAGCACAGUAACGAUCAUACGCUCCUGCUUAGCUUAGUCGUCUCGUCGUCCCAUCCUGAUUCAGGAACAGAGCGAGUCAAUCCAUCUUGAAACACGACCGGAGUACAGAUGUGAAUCAGUGCUCCGCUCUGAAUCAUUCACACCAAAAGAUGCGAACUCGACCGCUUUCCGUAUGCUGAUGAAUGUGUUCAGAAUUCCUAACAAAGUGUAAACCCUUCAAACGCUGCAAGUAAUAAAUCACUUAUUUUCACAGAAACCCAAAGUGCCGGACGGGCAGAAGACGGCGCGGGCGAUUUUCCAGCAGAGUGUCCAGCUGGAAGAGGUGAGCGAUGUUGACAACUCCCCGAAGAAGCUUCUAACCGUGGCGUUGUUUGAGAACGACAAACUGAUCAGCAGCGCCCUUCUAUCAUUUGUAAAAACGUCCCCACCCAUAGUCAAGUUGGGAAUCUAGCAACACAACUCUCCAAGCUUCGGGAGCUGUGCAUGACAAGUUUCCCUCUGCAGUGUAGUGCUGAUUGGCAAGAGGAGGCGCAUGAGAAAGCCACUUUCGCAUCCUGUUUACAGCAUUACAGAUUCCAAAACACGAUUGGAAAUUCCUCUCAUGGAGCUGCGCAUUACAAAUGUCCCUGUCGUUGCGCAUUUGCAUGCCAACUCUGGUGUGGGGACGUUAGUUUUUACUCAGGAUACCUUCUGGAGGACCUGCAGGCGUACAAGAAGGCGUUUGCCACGGUGCAGCUGAAGGACGCGAAGGGGAAGAAGUAUCCUGUGCAAAAGUAUCGUACUCGUAGUAAAAAUGAUCGCAGUCAUGCAUUACAAAUCUGGUUCCAUAGGCAAAUCCGCAUGACAAAUUCCAUUUGUCAUGCUGAGCGAAUUUGUAUCGCAAUCACUACUAGUACGAUACUUUUGCACUGCAUAAGAAGUGCGGCUACGCAAAUGUUCGAUUAGACGAUCCGAAGACCGCUAUGAAAGUGCACAACUUCUCCCCCUCCCUCGUUAGUAUUGCAUGAACAGCAAUACAAACACCAGCGCACAGGGAGCCUAUGCAUGACAUCAAAUCUAUGUACCUAAAUGUAGUACUACUGUUUGGGCUUCCUGAAUUAUAUGAUGUCAUGCAUAAUAGUGACCGAACCCCAAGGGAGCAGCUGACAUUGUGGAUUUUGCAUGAGAAAUGAGAACGAGGGGGAGUUCCUUCGUUGUGCACUGUGAUAACCGCCGCCACACCCAGUUCCACGGGGAAAACGGAGGAAGAAGAAGCCGAAGAGGAGGCGGAAGAGGAGUAGAAGCUAGAGCUGGUGCCGUUGGGAGAAGUGAGUGCAAGUGGAACAUCAACAGUCGACGGCUCCUCGUCUCCUAGUUGAUUUCUUUGAACACCAACUCCAGCGCGCACGACAGCCUCGUCCUGCCGAGUUGUUGCCUGCUGGGUUGAGUUCGAAAGAAAACAAUUACAAUUUUCUGAGUCCUUGUUGUACGCAGUAGAGCUGAGAAAAUCAAAAGGAACUUGAUGAUGGUGCAGAAGUGCAGCGUGUGUUGGUUCGUCGCACUGACAAUGUCACCAGUGUCUUCUGGUACUACAACGAAAGUGCUGCAACUAGGGCUAGUGUAUUAAAUGUAGUCGUGUAGCGACGAUGAAAUUAAUUUUACGGCAUGGUGAAAAUC